CUCUCUCUGUCUGAAGAAAAUAAAAAUAAAAAGCAAAGAAAAUGUCUGGAGUUUGGGUGUUCAAAGACGGCGUGAUGCGCCUUGAGAACCCAGCAACUGGACUGGGUGAAGCGGACAGAGGCGAAUCAAGCAAUACACGACGCAAGGUCUUAGUGUACACGCCGACUAACGAAGUCAUUGCUUCUUACACACUGCUCGAACGAAGGCUUGCCGGUCUCGGGUGGGAGAGAUACUACGACAAACCUAACCUCAUUCAAUUCCACAAGCGAUCAUCCAACGAUCUCAUCUCCCUCCCUAAGGAUGUCUCCAAAUUCAAUUCAGUUUACAUGUUUGACAUUGUCCUGAAAAACCAGAGCAAGUUCCAGGUUAGAGACAUGUGAAAAAAAAAAAAAAAAAACAGUUAACCAUGCUCAUGUUUUGAUUAUAAGGAUCAAAUGGGCCAUGAUCAUAUUUCGUUUAAAAGAUCAAGUGGGUCAUUAUCAUAUCUGAUGUAGAAACGAAAUAUGAUGGCCAAAUUCAUAUUUAUGUAAGAAUAUAUAUGGGCCAUGUACUCUAUUGUGUAGCAUUCAACGGUGGGAUUGUGUUAG